AUGCCGAGGGCUGCUGUCUUUUUAGACGCCUUCGAGGUGGAGCGGCCCGGCGAGGCGGAGCGCUUCGUCGACAAGGGCAACCGGCAGCUGCUGUGGCACGGCUCGCGCCUGACCAACUGGGCGGGCAUCCUCUCGCAGGGGCUGCGCAUCGCGCCGCCCGAGGCGCCCGUCACGGGCUACAUGUUUGACAAGGGCGUCUAUUUCGCAGACAUGGUCUCCAAGAGCGCAAACUACUGCUUCGCCUCGCGCCAGGCGCCGACGGGCGUGCUGCUGCUGUGCGACGUGUCGCUCGGCGACCAGUACGAGCGUCUCCAGGCCGAGUACCGCGCGGGCGCGUCGGCGAAGAAGGCUGGAAAGGACUCCACUUUCGGCAAGGGAGCGACUGGGCCGGACCCCGCCGGCACAGUGCCGCUGCCGUCCGACCCGGCCGUGCUCGUUCCAAAGGGGAAGGCCAAGAAGACAGCCGUGGCGGGCUCCUCGCUGCUAUACAACGAGUUUAUCGUCUACGACGUGGCGCAGGUCCGCCAAAAGUACCUGCUGCGCGUCAAGUUCCACAUGCAGUGA